CCCAAAACAAUGUAUAUCUUAAGUGUACUGGAAUCUUAACGAUAAAAAUUUUGCCAAUCAUACGGGACAUAAUAUGAAGUCGACAAGAUCACCAAGAGAUUGAAGGGUCAAAUUCUAAUGAUAGGUUUAAAAAACUUUAAAGUCAUAAUUAGUGGAAAGUAUUUGCUGAUUCAAAACGGUGCGCAACCAAGCUGAUUUUCUUGUUAAGGAAGUAAAUUAACUUUUGUUAUACACAACUUCACGCAAAUUUUAAACAUACACAUGGGAAAUCCCUUUUCAAAAGAAACGCAAAAGAUGACUGAGGGAACUAAAGUUGAAUUAUACUUGAAGGAUGAAUUUGAAAGGGAAUGUGCCUACAAAAUAGAACAAGAAGAAGUCGAAUUUAUCAAGUCGGGUAUAGAAACCAUUGUGAAGAGGAUUGCUAAUAAAGUUCUAGACAAUGAUACUUUACAGGAAAGUAUGAAAGUUACAUUUGAAAAAUAUUUUAAGGGAAAAAUGACAAGAAGCUCAAAAACUGUAUUUGGUGUUGGAAGUUUUUAUGAAGGGACCAGAAAUAAUUUUCCUGACGAAUUUGAUUUUAUUCUCACUCUCUUUAGUUGUGAAGGCACAUUUGAAGAAUACAAACAGUUUCUCCUUGAAGCAAGCGUUUUUAAUACAGUUUCAGAUACUUUUUCACAGAAAGUGAAAGAAUUGUCCGAAGUAGAUAAAAAUGCCUUACUCUAUACUGCUUCUGAUCCGAAAAGUCAACGAAAACUGUAUUUUGGUAAAUAUUUGCGUCAACACGGUCCGGCAACAUGGUUAAGAUUUAUUUACGAAAAUGAAUCCAACAGGAAAAAGGAAAUAGAUGUAGAUUAUGUUGCAGCUUUACAUAUAACUAACAUGGAUGUUCUGAACAUGGUCGUAAACGAAUUGUGUGUAUUGACAGAAUUUGCCAAAGAGACAUUGUCAGUCGGUAGUUGUUUUUGUAUAGGAGCUAAUUUUUCUUUAACUCAGACGGAAGUACGUAUUAUGAAAACCAUCUUGUCAGAAAAUCAUAGAAAAAUAUACAGAAUCCUGAAGUAUCUCAUAAAUGGCCAUGGUGAUGUCGAUAAACUUAAUAAUCUAGGAAGCUUCGAUAAAGCUUACUCCUCAUAUAUGAUCAAAACUGUGAUGAUCUAUCACCAUUACAAUUGUAAAACGCUCGACACUGUUAAUUUAGGACCAUGUAUAUUGGAUGUACUGGACAACUUAUGUAAAUAUAAAAACACAUCAGAGUUCCCUAGCUUAUACAAAGUUGACUAUAGAACAAAGAUUCGAUGCGACUUGUGUCUCCUGACUUCACUAAGAUCCUUGACAGACUGUUUGAGGACAAUGCAAAGAGAUUUAGGAAGCAGUUAUAACUAUGAGAGAGACAAAAUAAGAGAUUCCAUUUCAAAGAAAUACCAUGACACAUUAGGCAAAUAAGUAUUCAAAACGUAAAUAUUUCAAUGAAAAAAAACGAACGAAAAUAUUUUUAUUUCUUUAAGAUGUAUAAUGGAGAUGAAACUCAAAAUUCAAAUCUUUAAAUCUUGAUUAUUUGCAUGAAUACCAAAAUUUAGCAUUUUGUAUUUAAUGUAAAUGGCAAAACUUAUUAUAAUUACAAAUAGAUCAACAGGAUUUAAACCGUUUAUUGACUUAUAUAUUAUGAAUAUUUCAAUUAAAGUUCAAUUUCACCCUAUGUUUUGCUUUUGUCAUAUUUUUAUGACAAGUCGACUAUAAAAGGUAAGAAUAAAACAACCAAAAAAAGGAACAGCUAGGUAAG